AUGGCGGAAGCAGUUGAAUUUCAAAUGCCCAUCCAAUUAAGGCAAUUGUUUGUAAACAUUUGCGUUCAUUGCUCCCCAAACAACGCUCAAUUACUGUUCAACAACAACCUGCAACAUCUCAUGGAAGACUUCACAAGACGAGGCCAUGAAGAUGAAAUUACGAAAAACCUUGCGCUCAAAUGUAUUCAAGAUAUGUUAAGGCAUAGUGGUCACAAUCUUGAAGAAUUCCAAUUGGCAGUCCCUGAUUUUCAAAUGAUCCAUCGGCUGAUUGAAGAGGAAGAAGAUGAAGGCUCGGAUGAAUUUUUUUUGGAUGGACCUGGUGGAACUGGAAAAACUUUCCUCUACAACACGCUCAUUAAUGUGCUUGAAGGACAAGGAAAAUCAGUGAUUGCUGUCGCUUCUACUAGAAUCGCUUCGAUUUUAUUGAGUAAUGGAAGUACUUACCAUUCUCGAUUCAAAAUCUAUCCUCCAAUUACGGAAACAACAACGUCAAAAAAAGAAGAGCACCAUGUUGAAGCACACAACAUCAGGAAAGCCAGCCUUAUCAUCAUUGGCGAGGUCACUAUGAUGACCGUGCAUGCGUUAGACGCCAUCGAUAAACUUUUCCGAAAGGUCACGAAAAGUUCAGUCGCUUUUGGUGGUAAGGUGCUGUUGUUGGGAGGAGAUUUUCGUCAGUGCCUUCCUGUCAUUAAACACGGUAACAGGGUGAAAAUUGUUGAAUUGACCACUAAAAGCAGCAGGACUUGGAGUGACAUUUUAAAGCUUCGUUUGAGUCGAAAUAUGCGAACCGCGGCCGACAGUGUCGAGUUCGCCAAUUGGCUCAUUCAUCUUGGAAAUUCAACUCAUUCAAGAACGGCAAGUCUGGGACCGGAUGCGAUAGAGAUACCACAGGACUUCCUUCUUGAUGGCCAUACAGAAGAGUCACUGGUUAAUCAUGUUUUUGGUGAUCCCGAAAAUCUAUUACUUCCGGAAGUAGAAGAGCAAAUUACCACUCGCGCUAUUUUGUGCCCAAAAAAUGAUGACUGCUUGAAAAUCAACAAUUACAUCAUCAGACAGAUGCCAGGCCAGCGACGGAGAUAUGCCAGCAUGAACUCGAUUGAAUCGGAAGACCCAGAAGAAAUUGCAAACUUCCCGACAGAGUUUCUUGACACCUUAAAGGUGUCUGGUAUACCACCGCACAUUUUGGAACUGAAAGUGGGUGCCAUCAUCAUCCUUCUUAAGAACAUCGACUCGCGUCAAGGGCUCUGCAAUGGAACACGCUUGAUCAUCAAAACUCUUACGGACAACCUCAUUCAUGCAACAAUAGCAGCUGGGAAAAAUAAGGGCCACAAUGUCUUCAUCCCACGAAUGAAUAUGUCACCGAGUGAUUGUGAUCUUCGCUUCAAGCUAAUCAGGAACCAAUUUCCGGUCCUUUUGGCUUUCGCAAUUACCAUCAACAAGUCACAAGGACAGACGUUCGAUAAGGUUGGUAUCCAUCUUCCUGAACCUGUCUUCAGCCACGGACAAUUAUAUGUUGGAUUUUCCCGCGCUACUUCUCGCCCAGGAGUAAAGGUCCUAUGGAUGGUAGGACCAAAGCAAGGGAAAAUGCUGAAAGACGAAAGAGUUUUUACACAAAACAUCGUGUUCAAAGAAGCUCUUUCGUAA